CAAAAAUAUAAACUCGAUUUAUUACCAUUUUUCCAAUGUGCUGACAAGAUUCGUUUUCUCUUUUAUCACUCCCCUCGGCGAUCUCUCUUCUUGCUCCGGCAGGGUUUUUCUGCUGCUCCUUGCUUGUCCGUAAGUUCUCCGAAUCUUCAUUUUCUCGCUGGUCUCGUUGGCCGAAUCUGGAUUUUUCUAAUUCCCUUUUCUUCUAUAUACUCAUCUCACUGCUCGCUGCUCUGGUUCUUAGGGUUUUGUCAUAGUUCUGUUGUUGGAUUUUUUUUCUACGGCUCCUUUUGAACCUCCUUGCUAGAUUAUCCUUGUGUGCGUUUCUGGAAUUAGCUGUUUCUUCAGAUUCCUGUUUUGUGUUUGCUGAAUUAGUUUGGGGUUUUUGAUUUCAAAUUUCUUCUGUACUAUCAUAUGAUUUGCGAUCGCGUGGUGAAUUGUUAACAUGUGCUCAUAUAUACGCUCUUGUUGCCUCUAGAUUUUUGUCUCGUGUUCAUUAUCAAUUUCAAUUGCAGUAGCAUGUUAACUUAGGUUUCCUUGAUUUAAAGAAUCACACAUUGUCUAUGGUUGGUAACUUAUGUGCGUACAAAUUGGGCGUCCUAUUCCUGUUUGGAUGGUUACAGGGACUCUAGCUUGCCUGUAACUGUUAAGAGAUUACAAUGGGGGACUCCGAUAAUGCUAUACCAUUUUCCAGAAAGAGAACUGCUCUGAAAGAGCUGUCUCGUGACAAUCCUGGUCUUGAUGAUGAUGAUGAAGACACUUCUGCACUCGAGAGUGGUACCUUCAACACUGCUAGUAAGGAGGUGUUGGCAAGCAGAAGAAUUAUCAGAGUUAGGCGCACAGAUCGAUCUGCUACUGCACCACCAGCUUCUAAUCCAUUUACUGGAAUUCGUUUGGUUCCUUUUACUGCUCCUGCUCCUUCUACUGCUGCUGCAGAAACGACUAAACCUCUGUCUGCGGGAAAACAAGAGACACUGGCUGAUGGAAGGUCUGAUGCUACCAAGGAAACUGAUGGUGACAGUAAAGAAAAGAGUGACGCAAUUGAUGCUGUAGGAAAACAAGAGACACAGGGUGAUGAAAUAUCUGCUAAGACCAAGGAUAUUAUUGAUGGUGGAGAGAAAGAGAUGAGUGAGGCAGUUAAUUCCGUAGAGGGUGGUGGAGCUGUAAACAAGAAUGAAGACGAGAUUAAGACAACGAUGGUUACUGAAGUUGCUGCUGGGGAAGAGACUGUAAAAGAUGACAACAACAAUAGCAACACUGUUGAGGGAAGUGACUGUGUUGUCAAGGAUACAGGUGGUAAUCAGACUGAGAAAGAAGGAAAAGAGGGCGAUGGAAAUGAAGACACAGAGAAAAAUGGAGAUAGUGGAGCCUUGAGCUCCUUCCACCAGCACUCAAGUAGCAAAAACGCAUUCACAGGACUUGCUAGCACAGGGUUCUCUGCUUCUUCGUUCUCGUUCGGUUUGGUUCCACAAGAAGGUUCGACUGGGUCUGGUUCUGAACAGUCAUCCUUCAGUUUUGGCCAAGCAAACAAUGGAAACUCUUCCCUGUUUGGUGCAUCCGUUGCUACUUCCAUUACCACGAAGAGCACGGAAACUACUACUGCCUUCCCAUCAAAGCAAGAUGUUUCAGUGGAAACAGGAGAAGAGAACGAAAAAGCAGCCUUCACAGCUGACUCAGUAAUGUUCGAAUAUCUUGAGGGAGGAUGGAAAGAGCGUGGGAAAGGAGAACUCAAGGUGAAUAUAUCAACGACUGAAAACAGAAAAGCCAGGUUAGUAAUGAGAUCAAAAGGAAACUACAGGUUGACCUUAAACGCAAGUCUUUACCCGGAAAUGAAACUGGCUAAAAUGGACAAGAAAGGAAUCACAUUUGCUUGUGUGAAUAGUGUAAGUGACGCCAAGGAUGGUCUCUCUACAUUGGCACUGAAGUUCAAGGACCCAACAGUGGUGGAAGAGUUCCGAGCAGUUAUCGAAGAACAUAAAGACAGUAAACCUUCCGUUGCAGAAGCAGCAGCUCCUUUGAAGACACCUGAGAACUCACCGAGUGCUGAAGAUGCUUGAAGGUUAAAAACUUUGAAACAACUCGUCGUCUAGUAUCCUUGUGUUCUAUUUGUCUAUGUUGUUUGAAGUUCAAAUUUGGCAGAGAGAAUAGAGAGACUAUAUAGAUCACUUGAACUCCUUAUGGGUCUCUUAUGAAUGAAUAUUCGAAGUUACUGUUUUUAACAUAAUCUAUCAUAUAACUCAGCAUCAA